UCUCUCGGUAUCGUCUCUCCGGUGGGUGAGGUGAGGAUGAGAGGAGCGGGUUUUCUGAUCUGAUGGAGUCUUUUUCUCUCUCCUUCCUCUCUCUGUCAUGCAGCUGAACACCUCCUCGUCUCCUCCGUCCUCUCCUCCUCCUCUCUCCCCUCUCUUCUCCUCCUCCUCCUCCCCCUCUCUCCCUCUCUCUCUCGGCUCUCUGGAGGAGGACGGCGGAGGUCUCUUCCUCCUGAACGGCUCCGGUAACAGCUCGGAUCCCGGUGGAGGAGCUCCGUCAGCGGGCAGCGCGGCUCUCAUCUCCUCCAUCUACUCGGUUGUGUGUGUGGUCGGUUUGGGCGGGAACUCCAUGGUCAUCUACGUCAUCUUCCGGUACGCCAAGAUGAAGACGGCCACGAACCUGUACAUCCUGAACCUGGCGGUGGCGGACGAGCUGCUCAUGCUCAGUGUUCCGUUCGUGGUCACGGCCGCGCUGCUGCGCCGGUGGCCGUUUGGCGCGCUGCUGUGCCGCCUCGUGCUCAGCGUGGACGCGAUCAACAUGUUCACGAGCAUCUACUGCCUGACGGUGCUGAGCGUGGACCGCUACAUCGCCGUGGUCCACCCGCUGCGGGCGUCCCGGUACCGGCGGCCCACGGUGGCCAAGCUGGUGAACGUGUGCGUGUGGAUGUUCUCGCUGCUGGUCAUCCUUCCCAUCAUCCUCUUCUCCUCCACCGCCCCGAACUCGGACGGUUCGGUGGCCUGUAACAUGCAGAUGCCGGAGCCAGAGCGCCAUUGGAUGGCGGCGUUCGCGGUCUACGCCUUCCUGAUGGGCUUCCUGUUUCCGGUGCUGGCCAUCUGCCUGUGCUACGCGCUGAUCCUGAGUCAGCUCCGCGUGGUGGCGCUGCGGGCGGGCUGGCAGCAGCGCCGGAAGUCCGAGAGGAAGAUCACGGUGAUGGUGACGGUGGUGGUGUCGGUCUUCGUGGUCUGCUGGAUGCCCUUCCAUGUGGUCCAGCUGGUGGGGGUCUUCCUGCAGCGCCACGACCCCACCCUCAGCCAGCUCGCCGUCGUCCUCGGCUACGCCAACAGCUGCGCCAACCCGCUGCUCUACGGCUUCCUGUCUGACAACUUCCGCCGCUCCUUCCAGAGGAUCCUUUGUCUGCGCUGGAUGGAGCCCCCCGAGGAACCUCUGGACUACCUGGACUACUACAGCACCGCCCUGAAGAGCCGCAGACUCAGCCUGGACCAGGACCAGCAGGAGGACCCGGACCGGCGCCGCCCUCCGAACACCUGCUCCAGGAUGUAGUCUAAACGCCGACCACGCCUCCAGGAUCUCCAGGAACAGACUGAGCCUGAAGUCCUGAUUCUACAGGACCAGAUCUUCAGGGUCCAGGAGGGUCAGGCUGCAACUUCAGUCCAAGACCAGGUCCUGCAGAUCCACCUUGACAGGUUUAAAGCCGCCUGAUUGGUCGGUUAGUCAGGAACAGAGUCAUGUGAUCAGGAGCUGUUUUAGAGCCUGAUGGACCCUCAGUCUGGACUGUGAUGGACUCAGAGGAGAUCUGGACCUUCAGGGUCCAGCAGACUGGUUCCAGGUAAAUCAGCCAAUCGUAACGCAGACUGACCUCCAGGUGAAGGUGAUGAUGUCACUGAUGAAACCACCCACAAAUAUUGACCUGUGACCUUUGGAACAUCUUCAGUGUUUAGCCAAUCAGAGAGAGGGGGCGGGGCCAAGCGUUCAAACGGGGUUGAUUCUGAUUCGAUCUUUAAACCUGUGGAUUUGUCGUAGCGUGUUAGCUUAGCCAUGCUAGAGACGGUCCACGACCACGAGGGGGCGCCAUCUUAAGGUCCUUACACACCGGGGCCGACGUGAAUAUAGAACGUGAAAUUACGAAAUAUUUUGAGGCGCCUGACUGAACACAGGGGUAACAAGACGCAUCCUGUGGAAAGUCCCGCCUCCUUCGCUUCUGAUUGGCUAGAAAAGCUGGAAACGUCAACACACGCUCAAUCCAAACGGUCAGCAAUUACAGCCAAUCAGAGGCGAUAAGAUAAACACAUGUAACCAUGGUAACAACCGUUAGCUUACGUUAGCACAGAUGAAAGUUCAAACAAAGACGUUUAUCAAACUGUUAAAGCUCACAAACCAUCGUCAUCGGAGAAAUACGACGCUAUGACUCUCCACAAGUCGUCCUUCAGGUCGUUA